AUGGCCCUUGACAACGAUAGCAUCAAGCAACUCAUACAGCAGCUUGAAGCUGACAGAUCAGCCUACUUGUCUACCCAGAACAAGCUCCAAGAAGCCCUAGUCCAGAUUUUGCAACAACAGCAAUCUCAGCCUGAUGGCCUCAGCCAACCACACCGCCCCAGGACACUGUCUGUUGAGUCCAACGAUGAUGCGUUUCGAAGACCAACUAGCAUCGCCAGUCGAAGGACCAACAGUUUAGGUCUUGAUGGCCUCUCAAGAAGAGUCACGUCUCUCUAUUCGGCUGAUGACAGUUCCGACAGCGACGACGAGUCAUCUUACUACGCCAACGACCCUCUUCCUAGCGAGAUUCAUACUGAGGAUGAACUCCGUCAGCACAUCCGCAACUACGCUUGGGAGCAGCAUUCACGCCUCAUAUUUGGUCCCCUUCAACGCAGUGGCAAGCUUUUCUCACCCGAGGGUCUUUUCGCUCCAGAUUUUGACAACCACAACGAUGCGAAUCACACCACUGCCGAUAUAUAUGAGGUGGGCGAUGACGGAGCCCCGUUGAAGCGAUCCCGAGCCGAUGUCUCUCGUGGCGACCAAGCUACGUGGGAAGUGUUGGCCGGCGUCAAUACCGAUAAAUCCCGCAAGCAAGCCAUUGGACGAAUAGUCAUCAUGCGAGAACCAUCGCCUAUACUCUACGGUGCGCUCCACCUCACUAUGAGCAAGCACUUCGACAUGGACUCCAUUUACCGCAUGCUAAUCGAUGAUCAUCAACGUACGAAAGCGUAUGUACGAGGUCAUGCCGAGGAUGACCACCGCAAGCAGCGAAGCAUUGUCUUCUGCUUCAAGUACCACACCAUGGUAGGUGAAGGACGCGAACCGCUGAGCUGGCAGAACUACGAUGACGAUAUCGGCACCAAGACGAACCACAUUCCCAUCUCCACAUGCAGCAGUGUGGUGGCGCUCUCACUCUCGGGUCCACCAGCAAAGACCUUUCGCCUCCAUUCGCGUCGCACCAAAAGCCCGAAGGUCAGCGCGAUCUAUGACCCUUUCGCUCCCUGGCACGUGCUCAGCAUCCAAAACUUCCCGGACUGGCACUCAGAGGUCAACCUGCACGAGACGCACCAUCAUUACGUCAACGGGCCAGACGCCUUCCUCGCCACGCUACUGCACGAGUACCGCGACGCAGCCAAACGCUUCCGCCUUCUGGCUCGACAGAUCAUCUAUCUGACGAAGCCGCCAGGCCGUAGCGUCUUCGACUCAUCAUUGCGCGACGAGCUGAUCUUCGAGAGCGGGGACUUCGUCUUCACGCGCCGCUACUUCUGGGCCAACCAGACCUUGGGCGCCCUGGCGGAAGAGAUCGAGCUGAUGAUCGGCGCCUACAAGGAGACGUUCACGGACGAGGUGUGGUCAGGGGAGCACAAGACCCUCCUGCCCGGCAAGGCCGAGACGAGCGCACGCUUCGCCAACUGGCGCAAGAAGAUGAAGCACACACGCCGGUCGUUCGAGUUGGAGAUGGAGGAGCUGCGUGACGUGCUGCGCUUCAUCAACCGCGAGCAGAAGGAGAUCAAGAGCUUGCGCGAGUGGUUGUUUAGCGGGACCAGCGUGCAGGAGAGCCGACAGGCGGUCAAGCAGGCACUCAUCACGGUGGAACAGGGUUAUAACAUCAAGCUGCUGACGCUGGUGACCAUUUUCUUCUUGCCGCUUAUGUUUGUGACGGGUGUGUUUGGCAUGACCAACAUGCCGCCGGAGGACGACUUCCUGCCCGCCAUCAUCAUGGCCCUGGCCGUGUGUCUGCCGACGUAUCUGCUGAUCGCAGUGAUCAACAAGCCCGAGAUGUUCCAGAAGGGUGUAGCUUGGAUACUGUGGCCGUGGGUGCUAACGUGGACGUGGACGAAGAGAUCGAACGAUUACGCGGCCGACUACGCGCGGCUAUACAAGGAGAGGUACCUGAACCGGCGAAAGCUCAAAAAGGGAGAGAAGGCGGCGAAGAAGGGCGGCUGGAUGGGCUUUCAGAGCGGAGGAUCGGGCAGAGGCUGGGGCCGUGGGGGUAGAAGUGCUACCUUCGCGAGUCUGGAGGCAAGGUUGGAGCAAGAGAGCAAGAUGAACACGGGCAGACGCGCCAGCAGACCUUACGCCUUCGCGCAACCGUCCGAUGUCGAACUCUCGGCGGAAAAGACAGGCAAAGUAGAUACCUCAUCGCCGGCCACAGUUGGAGGAUCCUUGAAGCCAGGUCCGCUACCGACCAGCAUCGGGAGCUCGAGAGGAGUGGCGUCUGUGAUCCAGCGCCCGGUCGCUCCACCCAUGCCGCAGAGAACGAGCAGCAGUGUCCGGUUCGACACUGAAUCGCUCCGGUCGAGGGAACAACGGCAUGGCACGACGCCCGAGCCGAGUCCGAACACCAGCGUCGGCAACCUGGACCAGAUCGUACAGGCUAGCAUGCGUGACGAGGCAGAGCAGCCGACAGAGAAGUCGAGGCCAGAGCUGUCGGUGUCGGUGCCGACGAUUCAGGUCACGCCCGAUACCGAGUCGCCCAGGACGCCUGCACGCGCGCAUCGGCCGAGCUUUUUGAGGAGGAUCUCGAGUAAGCUGGGAAACGCGGAGGGUAGUCCCAGGAGUCCCGUGUGA